AUGUGUCCUUCAGCAAGCUGGAGAACUAGACCACCACAAGUGUGUAGUGAGGAUGAUGCUAUUGUCAACCAAAUAGCCGGUGGACAGGCUACUACCUGUUAUGUUCAGUCAGUGCUGCCCAGAUGUGCACAGACACUGGACCAUCCCCUGGAGCAUGGAAAUCCUACCACUGGCCGCACCCUCCAACAGGAAUGAUCUUCCUUCUUCAGCAACCAUCACCUGCUAAUAGCUCCUCAGGAAGAAGUGGGACCUGAGAAGCUCCUCCCCAUCUACCGUCUAUGCCGCAAGUUUGGCAGGCUUGCUGUCAGGCACAUCUUAUACAGAAAACCAUGGCUACAAUUUAUUACAUGAGGCUGGGAAGAGAAUCAGCUUGGGCACCUUCUUAAACCCCAACAGCUAUUCCAACAGGUAGCCCUGGUUCACCCCUUUGGCUGCUCCUGAGCAUCUGCCUGAGUUCAAUGUCUUCUCCCUCAGCAAAUGCUAAGAAAUGACACGUGACCUCUGGGGACAGUCGCCACUGUUCCGUAAGCAGCCUCACUUCCGAAGAGGUAUCACCAAGCUCAGAAGUUGGUGAGACUGUACUGUGCAGAGUGAAAGAGCAUUCCAAGCUGGGCACAGUGGUACACACCCAAGGUCCCUGUCUGACUGGAGCAGUGAGACAGGAGGAUCACUAGAUCCCAGAAACUAGAGGACAGCCUGGGCAACAGCGAGCCCUGUGUGGAAAAAUGACGAACACGGUGACUGAAGCUAUCCACAAACUUCUGGUGUUUUGCUUGUGGGUGACACUGUAUUUCUGGACCUUUUUUUCGGCAUCAGCUUAUGUCAAUCAGCCUUCACCGAGCGAAAUUCCUGAGCUCCUUUAAAGAGUGCAGAGGUUGAUCUCGGAGCACAGUGUGGAGAGUUCAGUCCAUGACCACUGGGCUAUUACUUCUCAGCAUGUGACAAAAGGAGUGCAUGGAGGAGAAGAGAUCAAUGUCCCAUCAUCCCCUUAGAGGCCACCCUUCCAGUGAUCUAAAACCUCCUAGUAGAUGCCACCUUGUAAAGAUUUCACCACUUUCCAUGAAAGCACAAAGCCAAGCCUUUGGUGGCUGGGCCUUUGAGGAACAUUCCAGAUUCCAACUCUAACAUAGCCUUUUCUUCCCAACUCCUUCCAUUUGUGUCUUCCUUCCUUCAUGCCAGGUUAUCAUCUGAUAAAGUAUCAUCGCCUCUCAGUGAAUAGUCUCAAGUGGGAUCAACAUGAGAAGGAUUGUGUCAGAAUACCGGAGUGGGUAUAGCCUACACACAGUCUGAAAGUUCCCCUAGGAGAUGUCAGUGCCUCUUCUUGCCUGUGCCCUUUAACCAUACCAUAAGUUUAUAUGUAUUUUAAGUUCUGAGCCCAACCAGAUAUUUUUCUAGGAUGUUAUCAAUACAUUGGGUUAUUAACGAUUUUCAUCAUUUGAUUUUUCAGUUCCCAAAGUCCUGGAGUAAAGUAUCUAUUCAGACCCUCAGGAUUCUGUACCUAGAGCUAUGUGAGAGUAUCCUUCAGGUCAUCCUGGACCCAAAUUGUAAAACGAAUCCUGCUUGGAUAGCAUGACUUCAGUAGAAGAUGCUGAUUGUGCCAAGUGGAUACCCAGCUCACAGGAAGAUGAAAGACCUUUGUCACCUUUCUAUCUGAGUGCUCAUGUAUCCCAAGUCAGCAAUGUUUCAACAACUGGAGAGCUCUUAGAAAGAACCAUCAGGUCAGCAGUAGAAGAACAUCUUUUUGAUGUCAACAGCUCUGGAGAUCAAAGUGCAGAAGACUCAGAACCUGGACCGUCGACAGCAUCUUCCACACCCACCAGGCACCGAGGGCAUCAAUUUAAGAAGCAGGAUGAUGUUUGGCAUGGUCGAGACAAAGAACUUAUCAAUAAGGAGAAUAUUCCCUAUGGCUUCAGCAACUAUGAUGAGUGUAUUUUGAACGUCCAGGAAGCAGAAAGAGUCCCGGAUGAUGCUUGUGAUUAUGUAGAAGAAAGAAGUAAACCCAAGCGUCAGAAAUCCAGUUCCAGGCUUACAGAGCUCAGUGAAAAUCAUGAUGGGCUCCUGAACAUGGAAAGUCUUAGUUCUGUGCAGUCGCACGAAAGACCUGGACCUGAAGCUGUUGAACUGAGGUCCAGUGAAAGCAAAGAAAAUGGAAGAGGUAGUGGAGACACUCAGCAUUAUGAGAGCCCCACAAUGAAGAUUCAGGAGCAUCCCAGUAUAUCUGACACCAAACAACAGAGGAAUCAAGAUGCCGAUGAUCAGCAAGAGAGCUUUGUCCCUGAAAUGCCCCCGUUGGACCUGACAGCAUUGUGUGAUGAGAAGAACUGGGAAGAGCCCCUCCCUUCCUGGCAGCAAGAGAAUGUGGACUCUGACGAAGCCCGCCUCUCCCCACAGGCUGGGCGCCUGAUUCACCAGCUUCUGGAUGAGGACAGCGACCCCAUGCUGUCCCCCAGGUUCUAUGCCUAUGGGCAGAGCAGGCAGUACCUGGAUGACACAGAAGUACCUCCAUCUCCGCCAAAUUCCCAUUCUUUCAUGAGGCGGAGAAGCUCUUCCCUUGGGUCCUACGAUGAUGAGCAAGAGGACUUGACACCUGUGCAGCUCACCCGAAGGAUCCAGACCCUUAAAAAGAAGAUCCGCAAGUUUGAGGACAGGUUUGAAGAGGAGAGGAAGUACAGACCCUCCCACAGUGAUAAAGCAGCCAACCCAGAGGUUCUGAAGUGGACAAAUGACUUGGCCAAAUUCCGGAAACAGCUUAAAGAGUCGAAACUAAAGAUCUCUGAAGAGGACCUCACCCCCAGGACACGACAACGAAGCAACACACUCCCCAAGAGCUUUGGUUCCCAGCUAGAAAAGGAAGAUGAGAAGAAGCAAGAACUGGUGGAUAAAGCCAUCAGGCCCAGCGUGGAAGCUACACUGGAAUGCAUACAGAGGAAGCUCCAAGAGAAGCGAGAGGAGUCUAGCCGUCCUGAGGACAUUAAGGAUAUGACCAAGGACCAAAUUGCCAAUGAGAAAGUGGCCCUGCAGAAAGCGCUUCUAUACUAUGAAAGCAUCCACGGGAGGCCGGUGACAAAGACUGAGCGUCAGAUUAUGAAGCCUCUGUAUGAUAGGUACCGACUGGUCAAACAGAUCCUGUCCCGGGCCAGCACUGUCCCCAUCAUUGGGUCCCCUUCCAGCAAACGGAGAAGCCCUUUGCUGCAGCCAAUUAUCGAGGGUGAAACUGCUUCCUUCUUCAAGGAGAGAAAGGAACAAGAGGAGGGGUCAGAGGAUGACAGCUCCACCAAGCCAGACUUCACAGUCCCUCUGAAGACAGACUGCAGUGCACACUGUUUCCUGGACCAACUUGAAGACGAUGCUGAUGGAUUUAUUUCACCAAUGGAUGACAAAAUGCCAUCAAAAUGCAGCCAGGACUCAGGCCUUUCAAACCUCCACUCUGCUUCAAUACCUGAGCUCUUGGAAUACCUUCAGGAAAUGAGAGAAGAGAAGAAAAUGAUUCGAAAGAAACUUCAUGAUUUUGAGGACAACUUCUUCAGACAAAAUGGGAGAAAUGUCCAGAAGGAAGACCGUACUCCAAUGGCCGAGGAAUAUAAUGAAUACAAGCACAUAAAGGCGAAGCUACGGCUGCUGGAGGUGCUUAUCAGCAAGAGGGACGCUGAUUCCAAGUCUAUGUGAAGGACUGGUAGCAUGGACGACAGCUUUCCCGGAAAGAUUAGCUCUGGAAGGCAGCCUUGGAGCUGUACCUGCGAAGCAGGCAACCCCCUGCCUCUGAGCCGUCAGAUUAGCUCCUGCUUCCAUGGCCUGCAUGGAAGAUGACAGUGUGACCUGACUUAGGAAUUUCAUAAUGGGAGAGUCCAGACUCCUACCCAUGUCAAUGCACACUGCAGUAAGAACUUAAGGGACAUGAGCAGUGAUCAGACACACCAUCAGACACACCCAUCUACAGAUAAUUUGCUGUUCUUCCCUGACAACUAAGAAACACAAGGCCAUCCUAAAACUGUGACAAACACAAGCUCAGGACUUCCCUCGCAGAGCCUGCUUCUUGUGGCGGUCUGUGCUCUCCCUGGCCCCCACCACAUGGUGACCGUACUUUGGCGUACCAUUUGCUGCCUUGGCCGUUUCCCCAAGCUGUACUUAUUCUCUCCCACUGAUCCAUUUCCCGUUAGCUCUCAGGUAGAUGGAAGCUGUAUCUGCCAGAGGUGGCAGGGCAGUCCUUUCAUUGAUGUGCUCUCAGCCGACAGACUUUAAGUCCCUGCCUCAUACUUGUGUAUGCUGAGGACAGAGUGACAACCGAAGUAGCUAUGCAGAUGCGAUUUUUAAAAUCAGGUGACAGCUGAAGAGCCUGAAACCUCUUCAAGACACUGACUGCACUUUCCAGUCUCAGACAUUGUUGAACACAAAACAAGGCCAGUGUUCCUACGAUAACAUGUUUGGGGCUCAAUUUUGUUGUUGCACUAGCCAAACAAAGGGGUCUUGCUUAAUUAUUAGACUAGGUCUAGACUCUCAUGGGAGAGAGGAGUCUGUAUCAGCCUCCUGAGCUUACCAGAGUUUAAUUUUUCUACAAAAGUGAGUCUGCACUAAAAUCCUUAAAUGGAUGGGUAAGAAGAUGUAGCCCUCAGAGCUCAGCUCAAUCUCAAGGCAGGAUCUAGAUCCCAGUUUCCAAGAUGAUACGUAAACAAAAUGGUGUGUGGCCAAUUUCAAUGCUCUUUUUUUUCCCCCAAAGUCUAUGUCACAAAGCGGUCUAUAUUAGACAUUUUGGAGGGACCAGGGAACUUGAGACGCCCAAUCCUUCAUCUCUUCUGUGUGCUUGCUGUCACUCUGCGCUGUGUUGUUUCUUUUCACCCACUGUGUCUGUCUGAAGAACGAAGCCUGGGCUUUGCAGGCACCCGCACGAGGUGCGUGGCAGCCUUGCCUAGGACGACUGCGGCAGAGGCUGGGCAGGCAGCAGGGAGACCUCGUUCUGUUUGGAGAGUGGCUUUCUGCGGGAUACAGUGUUAAGGAGGAGAAGGGAAAAUUGUAACACCCGUGGCAAUGAUAACACCAGUUUGGGGUUCUCCGGUCAGAUGAUUUUUCAGGACUGCUCUCCUCACUGUAGCUCAGUCAUCAGGGGGCUCUUUCAGUAAUGGGGCUGGGGGUGGAGAAUUCCUUCCGUUUUGCUUUUACAAAUAAUCACAUAGAAGCAUGAGCUACGUGUUGGAAACACUCUGUUUUUAUCCACACACAUAAAGACGGUACAUAAUCCUACAAAUUUCAAUAUACAUGAAGAGGUAGUUCGAUGUUCUUUGCUCUGCUGUUUACAUUUGCUGAUUUCAAAAAGCUGUAUUAGAAAUAAAAUUAUGUAAUGUAGGAUUGUUUCCUAUUUUUGAAGCCUGAACAUCAAUCAUUCACAUGACCAAAAAUUGUAUUUUUAAAAAGAAAUCCAUAUCUAGUCUGUAAUUUUUAACUACUUAUUCUCCGAAGUUAACUAUGGAAUAACUCAAUUAGUACCAGUUAACGUUUAAAGCACAUGGGGACUCAGGAGUAUUGUUUUGAAAAAAAUACACUAGAGGUUUUUUUCUAAGCUGCAUAUAAAUGAAACGCUACUAGAUGUUUUGAAAUCCAUUGUUUUCACCAAAGGUAAAUGAACUAAAAGACUUAUCAGGACUCCCACUCAGUUUUAUGUGAUCAAUAAAAUACCAAGUUAUUGGAAAAUAAAUCAUGUAUGGAAUGGUUUCCUUCAUAAUCUCUGACCAGUUUUCCUCAUAAAAUGGAGUCCAAACGAAUGUGGGAGCUGUGUUUAUAUCAGGUCUUCUCUGCAGGCAUAUUACUCAGCGGUUUCUGGCUCUGCUGCAAGUGUGGGGGAAAUUGGUUUCCAUGGCAACUGUCUCUGCAGCUCUCUGUCUCCAAGCACUAGAGGCAGCAUCUUAAUUGGCUUCACACAAACAGAAUGCUGUAGGCUAGGGAUUCUUUUCGCUCUCUUGAGAACAAGCAUGUAUCUUAGUACAUAACAAGAAAAAACAUCAAGGGUUAUGUAAGAAUCAGCUUGACUAUGUGAUCAUGAGGAUUAACGGAGUGGUAAAAUCAUGUAAUGUUUAUAAAUGCUUGCUUUUAUUGUGUAUAGUCUAGAAUAAAUAUUGAAAUAGG